AUGGCAAAUGGCCCAGUCGUUGCUUGUUUUGAUGUUUAUAACGACUUUAUGUCAUACAGAUCUGGAGUUUAUUUUACAGCAAAUGCCAAAAAAGUAGGAGGACAUGCUGUCCGAAUAAUUGGUUGGGGUACCCAAACGUGUAGUGGAAAGAGUAUGCCUUUCUGGCUAAUUGCAAAUUCAUGGAGCACUGGAUGGGGAGAAAAAGGACUUGUCAAGAUUAGAAGUGGAGUGAAUGAAGUUGGAAUAGAAAAAUCUGGAAUUGCUUUUGGGAUUCCAAAAAUAUAG